AUUUAGAUGAUCGUUUUCUAUGACCGCCCUGCCACCGCAGCGGUCCGCCAUGGAGGUGGCACAAUCAGGUCCCACACCUCCAAACUCAGCUCACCACAUUCAGCCAUCACAAGCGACAUCAUCCUCUAAUGCGCCCAUAGAUUGCUACGAGGAUAUGUUUAAAGAAAUUACUCGCAAACUUUAUGGUGAAGAAGGCUUGCCAGACUAUCAAGGUGCUGAAAGGGCCUUAACCAGCCUUGUCAGCGCUGACCGCACUUUAACCACUAUUGAUUACGAUGCCGAAGGAAAUGCUUUCAAACCAGAAGACCACAUCACAGCAUUUGGUCUUGCAGCGCUCAUGCAAAAUGGCUUUCCGCCACCAGGAAUUCUGAAUGCAAAUUUUACCCCAAAAUUGACUACAGUUGCAACUAAUGCUGCGAAUGCAGAAGAUAAAUGGACUGCCAGCGAAGAUUUUCUUCCUUGGACGACGAGCAGAAUUGCAAGCUAUAAUCCUGCACAAAAGCUGUUUCGUUGUGCAGAAUGUGAGUGUGUUGGAUUUUUAGGUAGAGUAGCAGAACACUGGAUGGGCGCUCAUGGUUCUUUGAGGCCUUUCCAAUGUCCACAAUGCCCUUACGCUAGCGCAUGGGCUCGGUGUGCGAAAAUACAUUUGACUAGAGAGCACAACGUGCCUGAUGCUUCUGCAGAUGCUGUGUUCAAAGAUAAUCCAGUUCUUGAUGAAGUUACCAGAUACUUACAAAGACUGAAAACAAAAGUAGAAACGCCAGGGUUGGUAAAUAGACAAAUUCAGCCUACGAAUAACACUCAGGCAACAGCAGUCGCGGUUGCCAACCCACCUACCGCUAACGCUGAUAACACUGAUGGAGAUUCAGCUAGUGCGGCUACUGCGGCUGUUGUUACGAAACGUUAUAAUUGCGGAUUUUGCCCUUACGCAACUGAUAGAAGAGAUUUAUACACGCGCCACGAGAAUAUUCAUCGUGAAGAGAAGCCUUUCCAGUGCUACGUUUGCCAAAAACAGUUCAAUCGCGCAGAUCAUGUCAAGAAACAUUUUUUGCGAAUGCAUCGUGAGCAUCCUUACGAUUUGAAUAGGAUCAGGAAGCAAACCAAUGCUACCAAAUCGCCUGUAUAUUCAUAUCCAAAAUUCGGAGAAGGCGGUGCACAAGUCAAUAACUUUCAAAACCAGCCAGGUACCGCUGCUGCAGGUAAUCAGCAACAAGCAACGCAGAGGACGCCAAAAGUGGAGAACAAACCAGGCACAAAAACUUCACCAGAAAAGCCAGGAUCUAAGAAGAAAGGAGAAAAACGUUAUGCGUGUUGUUAUUGUUCCUGGGCAGGCGUUGAUAACUGGUGCUUGAAGCGACAUUUAAAUACACAUUUAAAACCUUUCGUCUGCGCUCUUUGCGAUUACAAAGCAGCUAGAUCGGAACGACUAGCUACUCAUGUUUUGAAAGUACAUAAUAAAAAAGCAUGUAGUAAAUGCAGCUUUUUAGCAGAGGAUCAGGCGCAACUAGUCAUACAUCAGCAGGAACAACAUUCUAUCGUUGCGAACGUCCGGCCAAAUCUAAACGAACAAUCUCACCAGCAACAACAGCAACAGCAACAACAGCAGCAACAGCAGCAGCAGUGGCGCCCUCCAAAACAAGGCGCAGAGCGGUUGUUCCACUAUAUGGAAGCAUCAGAUGGUUCUGAUCCUGACGAUCAACAACAUUACACAACUAGUCGACUUCAACCUAUGAUGCAGACCAUCAGCCAGGAUUUUCAUAAGGCGGGAGGUAUGCAAUGGAUGACAUCGAAGUACAACAAUAACAACUACAACAGCGGCGCGUACGGUAUAUCUCCCGGUAAACGACAGCGUAACAAUAGUGAAAAUAAAGUCGGCAACAAAGAAAAUAUAAACGAUGCCACGUUUACAACGAUUUUAAUUGGAGCUUCUACAAUAACACAGCCGUUCUAUGAACCUCCAGAUAAAAUCACAAAAAUCGCAACUACCCCUAUAUUUAAAACUGGUGAUGAAAACGAUCGAUCACCUGUUAAAUCUCCAGAGGUGUUGAAUUUGAAAAUCAAUCGCGAAGAUGAAACUAUGAUUCAGGAUGAAGUGGAAAGUGAUUUAGUUGCAGAUGAAGAAAGCCGCCAAGAAAUAAGUUCGAAUAAGUUAGAAAAAACUGACAAUAAGAGAAGUCGAAAACAAAAGCAGCCUUGCAAAGUUGCCCAUAAAGUAACACUAACUUCAAUUCGAGACGAAUUCUUAACAAAACAUAUUUCUAGAAAAUCUUUAGUUUGUACUUUGUGUCCAAAGAGUGAUUAUGCUUAUCAUACCAAAUUGUCACUGGAGAUUCAUAUGAGUUUAAGGCAUAGUAGUGCAAUCAUUCCAUGCUCGUAUUGUUUGAAGGAAUUUGAUUACGAUCAUCUAAUUAAAUCACAUAAGAGGAAUUGCAAAGACCUACAUAGUGCUAAAACAAAUAACAGUGCCUCAGUUACAAGACCAAAAACCACAAUAGACCAGAAUGUACCUGAUUUCUGAUUAAAUUUUGCAUUUUUAUUAAAUAUAUACGAGUCUUUUCCUAUAUAUAUUUAUUUUAGUCAAGUGAUAAAUUUGCAUUUUAAUGCAAAUAAUGAAAAGAAUGAUUGAUUAUCUACGAAAUCACAAA